AUGUAUCUCAUCACUGUAUUUGGAAACUGGCUUAUCAUCCUGGUUAUCAUUUUAUGCUCCCACCUCCACACCCCCAUGUACUUCUUCCUCUCCAACCUGUCCUUUGUAGACAUCUGUUUUGCCUCCACCACGGUCCCAAAGAUGCUGGCGAAUAUCCAGGCACAGAGCAAAGUCAUCACCUAUGCAGGCUGCAUCACCCAGAUGUACUUUUUCAUACAUUUUGUAGGAUUGGACAGCUUCCUCCUAACUGUGAUGGCCUAUGACCGGUUUGUGGCCAUCUGUCACCCCCUGCACUACACGGUCAUCAUGAACCCUCAACUCUGUGGACUGCUGGUUCUGGCGUCCUGGAUCAUGAUUGUCUCCUUGUUUUAUUGUACGAGCCUAGGAGUGUACCUUAGCUCGGCUGCAACCCACAACUCACACUCAGGUGCAACAGCCUCAGUGAUGUACACUGUGGUCACCCCCAUGCUGAACCCCUUCAUCUACAGCCUGAGGAAUAAGGACAUAAAGAGGGCUCUGAAGAAUUCUUUGGGAGGGAAACUAGAAAAGUGCCAGUUGUCCUAG